UCUCACUCGCCUACCAGACACCAUGGCGACAACUGUGCUGCUGAUCGUCGCUCUGGCAGUGACUGCCUACGCUGAGCGUACUGACGUAGAGUUACCAGAAGAGGCAUUAGGAUGUGAAGAUGGGUUCACAAAUAUUGCCGGAAACUGCUACAGGUUUGCCCAGCAGACACAGAGUUGGAACGACGCUCGGGCUACCUGCCAGGGUCAGGGAGCCAAGUUGGUCUCCGUCCUGAAUGACGCCCAGUACAACGGUCUGCUGUCUCACAUCAACAAUAACUUUCCUGGAACGUACUGGACAUCAGGAGCAACAGAGUCUGGCCGCUGGAUCUGGACAGCAACAGGAGGCUCAAUGGAACAGAAGUGGUGGGGCAGAAACCCAGGCAACUCUCCCAAUCAGUGUGCAUAUUUCUGCUCAAACACACUCAAGUACUGGAACAAACAAUGUAGUGCUGCGUUACGCUUUAUCUGCGAGAAACCUGAAGAAUUUCAGGUCUCAAGAGUGCCUGCUGUGUAGAACUGUCCAAGAGUGUCUGCUGUGUAGAACUGUCCAAGAGUGCCUGCUCUGUAGAACUCUCCAAGAGUGACUGCUCUGUAGAACUCUCCAAGAGUGACUGCUCUGUAGAACUGUCCAAGAGUGACUGCUCUGUAGAACUGUCCAAGAGUGACUGCUCUGUAGAACUGUCCAAGAGUGUCUGCUCUGUAGAACUGUCCAAGAGUGACUGCUCUGUAGAACUGUCCAAGAGUGACUGCUCUGUAGAACUGUCCAAGAGUGUCUGCUCUGUAGAACUGUCAACAAUGUUAGCUAUGACCUCGGGCACCAUCUUCCUCUACCAUAAUUUUGCUGUGACUCGUUCAUAAUGUGUAUCAUUCUUUUAAUUAUUUUUUCACACUCAGAUUCUGGUUAUUUUAACUCGGCCAUUAAUUGAAAAAUAUGAUAAUUAAACUCCAUUAAUCUAAACCUUUUAAACACUAAAUGUUUUUUAUAAUUUAAUGUAAUUGUUGUGACUUUAAAGUUAUUUUUCACAGUCAGUCAUUAGGUGAAGAUUCUUUAUUUACACGAAAGAAAACAUUACAAAUAAUAUUACCAAAGAAUAAUACAAAUGAACGGAAUAAAUAACAAAUAAUUACCAGGAAGAGCUACAUGUACCAAUGAGCGCCAUUAAUAACGAAGAAGUAAUAAUGAACGCCAUUAAUAAAGCUUCUAAGUAUCAAAA